GCCCUCUCCGGCGCAGGCGGCCCGCCCACGGCACAGCCCUGACCCUCCCGGGGACACGGUGGCCGCGUGAGCCGGCGACACUCCGAGCCUCCGCCGCCGCCAUGCUCCGGGUGCUGGUGGUGGGCGCCGGGCUGACCGGAAGCCUGUGCGCCGCGCUGCUGAGGAGGGCGGUAGCCGGGCCCCUGCACCUCGCUCUGUGGGACCAGGCUGGGGACGCAGGGGGAAGAAUGAUUACUGCCAACAGUCCUCAUAAUCCCCGAUGCACAGCUGACUUGGGAGCUCAGUACAUCACCCGCACACCUCAUUAUGCCAAGAAGCAUCAAGAAUUUUAUGAGGAGCUGUUGGCUCAUGGGAUUUUGGAGCCUCUGACCUCCGCUAUUGAAGGAAUGAUGGUGAAGGAAGGAGACUGUAACUUUGUGGCACCUCAAGGAAUUUCUUCAAUUGUUAAGCACUACUUGAAAGAAUCAGGUGCAGAAGUCUUCUUCAAACAUUGUGUGACCCACAUCAACCUGAGAAAUAACAAGUGGGAAGUCUCCCAGGAGACAGGCUCACCUGAGCAAUUUGACCUCGUUAUCCUCACCAUGCCAGCUCCUCAGAUUCUGGAACUUCAAGGUGACAUUGUGAACUUAAUUACUGAAUGCCAAAGGCAGCAACUGGCAUCUGUGAGCUACUCCUCUCGCUAUGCUCUGGGCCUCUUUUAUGAAGCAGGCAUGAAGAUUGAUGUCCCUUGGGCUGGCCAAUACAUCACCAGUAAUCCCUGCAUACGCUUCAUCUCCAUUGAUAAUAAGAAACGCAAUAUAGAGUCAUCAGAAUUUGGUCCAUCCCUGGUGAUCCACACCAGUGUCCCGUUCGGAGUUACACACAUCGAGCACAGUGAGGAGGAUGUGCAGGAGAUAAUCAGCCAGCAACUGGAAACCAUUCUGCCCGGUUUGCCUCAGCCGGUUGCUACUACGUGCCAUAAGUGGAGGUAUUCACAGGUUAUAAACUCAGCUGCCAACUGUCCCGGCCAGAUGACUCUUCACCUCAACCCUUCCCUAGUGUGUGGAGGGGAUGGAUUCACUCACUCUAACUUCGACGGCUGCAUUGCCUCGGCCUUGAGCAUCCUGGAAGCUUUAAAGAAUCAUAUUUAGGGUCUAUGCCCUUGUUUUCUACAUUGACUUGGGGAUUUUUGUUUUCACAGACCUCUGUUAUUAAUUACUAUGUUUUCCAUUUUGUGGAGAGAAAUUACUUGGAAAAUGUCUCCAGUUAACUGUCCUUUUCAUAUGAAAUAUUAAAAACAAUAUUAUAAUUUUGAUAGCUACCACCCAUAGUAAAAUGAUAAUUUCUUAGACUUUGCCCUUUUCUCUGCUUCUCUGAUUUUCCAUGACCAGUUCUUCCUGGACUAAAAUGGUGCUCAUGAGAGACAAAUAACCCAUCUCCAGAAUUAUACUAAAUCAAAGUUCCCAUUCAAGGGCCCAAAAAUUUAUUAUCCUUUUGAAAACUUCAGUUCUGAAUAAAGAACAAUCAUCA